UUGUUUCUUUCAGGGUCUAAUUACUACUUGACAGUAUAUGCUCCAAUUGAACGUAUGCUGUGUAAUUGUGACUUUUGCCAAACUGGUCAGAGAGAUCCACACGCUUCUUUUUUAAUAGAAAAAAAAAGAGAAGUAUGCGUAAAUUGAUGAAAAAUGUCGUCGUUUAGCGGCAUUUUCAGAUACAUAUGUGAUAUAUUAUAUCAAAAGUUGAAAUCUAUGCCUGAUCUGUUACAUGUAAAAUGCUUACAGGCCACAAAGACAUACAACAUUAAAGCAUAUAUCAUUAAAACACCGUGUACAUGCUUUUAAUAUCAUACGAUGUGACAGCUUUUCCAGUUUCCAUUUAAGUUUCGAUUUCAUGUAAACAUCAUGUCUUCUUCAAUUGAUUUCAGAAUACCGGAUUAAAAUGUGCCUUAAACUGCUUAUUUGUUAGUCGUCUUGUUCGCGUUUAACAUGUCAGAAAGUUUUGAAAAUCGUGGUGUUCAGCAAGAUGAUAAUUACAGGGAGUUUAUGGGAUGGAUUACCGGCGGCGGACUCAGGUACGCGUAUGCCAAGAAAAAUGGCAACCCAUCUGCCGACGAUCUUUAUCGAAAACAGGUAGACAAAGAUGAUGCAAAGAAAAUUAUUAUUGUCGGUGCUGGGAUGUCCGGCCUAACAGCAGCAUAUGAACUAGCACAAAUAGGCCACGAGGUGAUAAUUCUUGAGUUACAGUCCCGUGUUGGUGGUAGGGUGAAGACAUUGAGAGAAGGUUUUAGUGAUGGUCUCCAUUGUGAAGCUGGUGCAAUGCGAAUCCCAUACAAUCAUUUCCUUACCAAACACUACAUAGAUUUAUUCAAGCUUAAAUCUUCAACAUUCCAAGAUUACAAUGAAAAUGCCUUUAUGUAUUUAUAUGGAGAGAAAAUUACAAUGAAAGAAUGGACUGAGAAAAAUGGCCAUUAUUGUAAUAAAUUUUGGAAAGGGUGGGAUGCCAAUCUCACAAAGAAAUUAAAAGUGGAAAUGAAAAUCGAUGGAAUACUUGAUUAUUACAAUCGUACAAUGGAUCAAGUGAAAGAGGAGCUUGGUGAAAGUCCGUCAGAGGAUCAAUGGCAGAAAUGGAUUGAUAAAUGGAGCAAACUUUCCGUUGAAGACUUCUUACGAAGCAGUAAUUACCAGAAAGAAGGUUCACCUAAACUAAGACCCUGGCCGGAGGCAGCAAUUGAUGCAUACAAGGUUUCCACGUAUACUCCGUUUUUCAGCAUGGAUCUUGUUUCGUACUUGCGAGAAGAGAUUGGGGAAUGGUACAAAGACCCCUUGUACACUAUUGCAUCAGGAAUGGAUUGUCUGCCAAAGGCUUUUGUAAAGAAGAAUGACAAAGGCUGGAACAAAGACGUUGAUCUGUCAAAGAACAUAAUAUUCGGCUUUAUGGUACAAAAGGUAAAGAACUUCAAAGAUGGAAAUGGGAAUGAAAAAGUCAAGGUCUUUGGCAUGAACCGUAUCAGUGGUCAAGAGGAGGUGUUUAUAGGAAAUGCAGUGAUACUAACGAUCCCUCUGCAAAUGAUGCGACAUAUUGAAAUGCCCCUGAACUUGAAACAAAAGAAAGCUAUUGCAAGUAUUUCGCAUGGAGCUGCAACAAAGAUCAUGCUGCAGUGCAAAACAAGAUUCUGGCAAAAAGAAGUUGGCCAAGGAGGGUUCAGCAAGACAAACAUGCAGAUUGGCCAGUUACAUUACCCUGACUAUGAAGGAUCUGGUAUCAGUGGCGAUGAGAGGGGUGUAUUAAUGGUGUAUACAUGGGAUGAAAAUGCUCUUACGUUCGGUGCUGAAACAAAGAACUUUGCUAUCACUAAUGCUAUAAAUCAGGUUAGUAAGAUACAUCCUGAUAUAAAGCGAGAGUUUGAAGUGGGUGAUGUCCAGGCAUGGUACAGUGAUCCCACUGCUCAGGGCGCUUAUGUAUCUCUGAAACCGUACGAGUACUUGGAUUAUAUGAAGGCACUUACAAAGCCGUCGAAAACGAUUUUUCUAGCCGGAGAGGCUUUGUCCUGGUCGAAUGGCUGGAUACAAGGCGCAGUAUUUUCGGGAUUAAUGCAAGCAUACUUUUUCCAAUCACUUAUGGAGGGUAAUGCAACAAUUUGUGAUCAUUUGUCUUUCUUCCUGAAUAAAGUGGAUUAAUCAUAUCGAAUACAUCGACUAUAAAAAUAUUUUCAGAGACUUAAUUCGUAUUUAUUAUUGACAAAUAUUGUGUUACUUUGUUAGUGUUUGUUAAAGUAAUUGAGACUGUUUAGUACAAUAACACCAACGUAUGCCACCUUAUGGGUUAAUGAUGUUAAACCAGUUUUGGGUCUGUCUGGAAUCCAUUGUUUGAUUGGUUUUACAUGUUCUGACUAUACAUGUGCCUGAUACUGACAUUCAUAUUUCUCAUUUAUUAAAUACUAGAAUGUGUCAUGGGAAUUUCCUUAUUGGUUUAGUUGCUUUGCUGCUUUAAUUUUGAUGUUAUAGGUACAAAUAAUAUACUACACGGAAGAAUGUUUUAUAUAGGGUAAGGUGUGUGUCACUAUAACGGCUCAUUUAAUAUUGUAUUUAUUGUAUGAAAUUAUUAAAUAUUUUGCAUUCAGUUGUAGCAUGAAAUGCACAAACUAGUGUAUUAUAAAUGUAUAUCACUUACAAGAGGAAAUAAAGAAUACUGUAUACGUA